AUGAAUAAUUUUGUAGAAAAUGGUGACACAAAUAAAAGUAGAAAGGAAUGUAGACAUAAUAAUGAUAAUAUAUUUAGAGUAAUUCCAAAAAAAUUACUCAACUCAUCAAAUAUUAUACAUGUAAAAAAAGAAGAUAAGGAUUAUAUAUUAGUUGAUAAAAAAAAUAAAAGUGAAAAUAUAGAAAUAUGUUUAAAAAAUAAUAUACACAUAAAUUAUAAUAAAGACAUUAAAAAGAAUGGAAAUCAGUUAUUAAAAUCUAGUGAUACUCGAAAUUUUUGUAAAAAUUUUAAUUAUAAUAAAUAUUAUGAAAGAGUUAAAAAAUGGAAAGAAAAAAGGUCUCCACAAUUUAAGGGACAAAAUUGUUUCAUCAAAAUUGGAAAAGUAAAAAUAAAUAAAAGGAAUGCUGUAAAAUUUGAAACUAAACAUGAUAAAUAUAAAAAAAACAUAAAACAAAAAUAUCCUAAACCUGGGGCUAUACAAAAAAAUGAAGAAAAAAUAAACAAACUCGAUGCUAGCAAAGCACAAACCCAUCAGCCUAAGGAAGAGAAAAAUACUGAAACUGAUAGUGAAAUUAAAUUAAACUAUGCAAAUAAUAUGAAACUCGAAAAUUGUAUUAAUCAUCAAAAUGGUGAUAAAAAUAAUAUUUGUAGCAAUACAAAAUUUAAGGACAUUUGUAAAGAAACAAAUUAUAAUAAUCUGUCUUAUAUUUAUAAAAAUAUGAGAAGUUUAAAUGAAACAAAUCCGAAUAUGGCAUAUUCAAACAAAACUUUUAUGGAUAGUUUUAACAAUUUUAAUUUUUUAAAUACCAACUUUAAUAAUCCUACUAUUGUUCUACCAUCUAAUGAAACAAGUACUAGCGAUUUUGAAAAUAAUUAUUUUUUAAACAUGAUUGAUGAAAAUGUGAUUAAAACGAAAAAAUAUAUUAACAUGACUGGGAAAACUAUGUACCAUUUCGAUAAUUUAUAUCCUCGAAAUAUAUUUACUGAAAAUACUUUUGAUGAGUUAACAAAAAAAGACAACCAAAAUAAAAGUAACACAUAUGAACAAGCUUUUCUCAACACCUACAAUCCACCUUCUCAUAUAAAUUCUGAACAAGUCAUAAAAAAAGAACCACAUAAUUUAAUAAAUGGACCUAUUAAGACUAGUAUAUAUAAAGAAAGAAAUGAAGUAAAUAACAAAUCUAUUGAAUAUAAUGAUAGUAAUAAUAUCCUAAUUAAUAACGAUUUAGAGCAUUAUAAAAAAUUUUGUAAAAAUAAUAAAAAUAAAUUUAACUAUUUCAAAUUUGCAAAUAAAAAAAUUAAUUAUUCCUCAUAUUUAAAUAUAAAAAACCCAUUUAUGUAUGCAUAUAAGAGGGUAAAAUUGCUUGAAAAUAUUAAAAAUGAAACAGAUAGGAAAAAUAAAAAGAUAAAAAAAAAUUGUCUUGAAUAUGGUAUUGUACAGAAAAAAACUGACUACAAUAAAUCAAAUACAAUAGCUAGUUUGUGUGAGCAAGCUUAUAAAAAAAUAAACUCUGAUUCAAUAAAUAAUAGUGAAAAUGAAAAUGAUAAAAAGACAAUUCAAAAUAGUUUUGAAAAAUAUAAAUAUUCUACAUGUGAAAAUUUUUCAUUUAAUAAUGAUUUAAUAAUUGAUAAAACUGAACUUCAUAAUUUUAGUGUAACUUUUGAAAAUUAUCGAAAAAUUUAUAAAAAUAUUUCUAGUGUUAAAAAAAAAAAAAUCAAGCCAAGAAAUUUAUUAAACACAAUGACUCAUAAGAUAAACUGGUUAAGUAAUCCAAUCACGAUGAGAAAAUCAGACCCAAUACAAAAUCAAAUUAAUAAAAAAUGGAGUAUUCCCAACAUAAAUAGUAACAUAUUAAAGGUUCCUUUUAUUGGUAAUAAAAUUAUGGAGAUAUCUAAUGAAGUUGUAAAUCCUAAUACACACAAGAAACUAAUACAAAUUAGUGAAAAAAUGAUUGAAAGAAAUUUUGAUCUAUUUUUAUGUCUAUUUAUGAAAUAUGAACAUCAAGAUAAUUAUCUUUUUUGUUUAAUAUUUGAUAAUGAAUUAACUAAAGAUUCAUUUUUUUAUCAAUCUUGUAUAAAACCAAUGAUUGAUAAUUAUAAAAAAUUAAAAUUGGAAAAAGUUAGAAAUGAAAAAAGAUGUGAUGAAGAACAUAUAGAACCCCAAGACUAUAAAUCGAUACCAAUAAAUAAAAUUAUUAUAGAAAUUAUGAUACCAACUAUAAAAAAAAAAUAUUUUAGUCACCUAACUAAACUAUAUAAAGAUAAAAAAAAAAAUUCAUCGGAAGUAGAUUCUUCUGAUGAAUUAGAAAAAGAAAUAAGAAAUAUUAAUAUAAAAAUCGAAAAUAUUAAUAUUACAAAAUCUAUGAAUGCUAAAGAAGAAAAGGAUAAAAAUGGUUUUAACAAAAAAGAUAAUAAUUAUGAAAAAAAAAUAAAACUAAUUGAUAAACCAAAUUGGAGUAAUAAAAAAAAUAUUCAAAAAUUAUUAAAAAGACAACAUAAUUAUAAUCCUUUUACUAUUUUUGGAACAAGUAUAACAGAAGUAAAUCUCGAAGAAAUAUUUACCUUAGAUGUUUAUAAUAAUUAUGUAACAAAUGAAGAUCGAUUUAAAAAUAAAAUUUUAUAUGAAUUAUAUAUAACAGAUUAUAUACAAAACUUAUAUGAAAAAAUAGAUAAACAAGAAUGGACAAUAACUUUAGAUACAUUAAAAAAACAUUGGAAAUAUUUUACUAAUUUAGAAUGUAAUAUGUUUUUAGAUCCUUUAUUAUUAGAAGAAAUAUUAUGGUAUAUUGAUAAUAAUAAAAUGUAUAAAGAUAAAAGUAUAAAAAUAUAUACUUAUGAAAAAUGUUUUUGUCCUACCCCUGAUCCAAGUAAUGAACAUAAUUUGAACGAUAUGAAAUAUUUUACAAAAUCUAUGGCAAAAAAAUAUACAACUGAAAAAUCAGAUAAAUAUAAAAACUUAUCAUUAAAUGAAUGUACUACAUGCCAUUACAAUGAUUUUGUUUUAAAAUAUGAUGACAUUAAUUUAGAUCCAAAUAUAUAUUCAAACAUAUCUACAGAUAAAAAAAAAUUUAUAAAAGAAAGUAUCCUUUAUAACAUUCCUAGACCAUCUUGCUCUUUUGAAUAUGAUUCAGAUUUUUUUCAUAAUAAAGUGCAUAAACAUAUUUUUAGAAAUAAAAAACUUCGACAUAGUAAUAAUAAAAAAAGUCUAACAUUUUUCAUGGAAGAUGAACCUUAUAUUAUAAAAUAUAAACCAAAUAAAUGGACCUCACAAAAUUUGUUUGAUAAUUUCUUUUACAAUUAUUACUUAUAUAACUUCAAUAAGAAAAUUAAAAAGUGUAAUUCAAUAAUAUGA